AUGGUGCAGUGUCGCGCUCUUUUGUGGCAAUUGUGCCUUCUAUCGAUCCCUCUCGCAUCGGCCCUGACGGUUCCCCAGAAGGUUCUGAGCCCUGAUGUGUCUCAGCUGUCGGAAGAGGAGCUUUUGUUUAACGCUACGGACACUGGCCUAUACGCUACCUCAAGUUCCGAUGACAGAUCAUGCGAUAACUGGGACCCUGUUUCUUGGGACUACGAUGUAGCCAUCGUCGGAGGUGGCCCUGCCGGUCUCGCAGCUUCGAUGUCCUUGGGCCGAGUAGCUCGGACAUCCCUCAUGUACGACUCCAACGAGUACCGUAACGCCAAAACUCGAUACAUGCACGAUGUGCUGGGUCAAGAUGGCAUGGUUCCACUCAAAUUCCGAGCUGCGGUUCGAAGCGAGAUUGAUCAGCAUUACAGCGACUACUCCUACCGUACAACCCUUGGGAAGAAGGUCACUGCUAUCCAGCCUCUCACCAAAGGAUUCCGGGUAUUUGAUGAUAAGGGAGGGAAGAUCCUUGUCAAGAAAGUCAUUCUAGCCACUGGAAUCACUGAUGUGGUUCCAAACAAGCCUGGAUUCUCCGAGGCCUUCGGAAGAGGUCUAUUCUGGUGCCCCUGGUGUGAUGGGUAUGACUAUAGGGGGCGUGCAAUGGUUGUCUACGGAAAGCCUGGAAAGCUCUCCAGCGCUAUUGGAUCUGCUAUAAGUCUACGGAAACUGACAACCAACAUCCAAAUCAUUACCGGAGGUAAGAUCACCGAUGAGGACAAGAAGGCUGCGGAAGAGAAGUGGCCUGGAUGGGAAAAGGUCAUCAAGACAACCUACGGAAUCAAAGUGCACGAAGUCGAUAUCACCAAGCUUGAAAGAACUGCCAAAGGAAAUGAGCCCUCGGACGACGAGUAUAAGCUCACUCUGAGCGGUGCUCCGACCACACUCGUCGCCAACGGAAUUCUGUAUAGCACGGAUACCAAACAGACAUCGAGCUUGCACAAACAACUGCAUUUGGAUAUGGAUGGAUCAUCGGUUAAGGUUUCAAGCAACAACAUGAUGACAAGUGUCGGUGGCAUUUAUGCUGUUGGUGAUGCCAACAACGACGGUAGCACCAAUGCAUACCACGCGAUGUGGAGUGCAAAGCGUGCAGUCGUCAACGCCCAUGUUGCACUGAACAAGGAGGAAUACCUUGAGCAAGUCCCUGCGGUCAUGGUUGCGGCAGAAGGUGGCGACGAGGAGUUCUACCAGCGACAAAUCGAUGAGCUUCAAUGGGUUAUGAGCAAUGAUAUUGAGGAUCUUUACAAGACCCUCGGUGCUUAA